AUGAGCUACGAUAUGUCAGACAACACUAUCAAUCCGCUGGAUUUGCCAGCAUCUCCCUCGUCGGAGAUGUUGACCGUCUCCCCCGCAGAUACCUCAUUAGAUUCUCCAGAACCGGAAGAUGAUCUAUUAGAGGAUGGAGAGAAGAAGCCGACAAAGAAGAGAAAGUCCUGGGGCCAGGAACUUCCAGUCCCAAAGACCAACCUCCCUCCACGAAAACGUGCCAAGACAGACGAUGAGAAAGAACAACGACGCAUCGAACGAGUUCUCCGGAAUCGCGCCGCAGCACAAACGUCGCGCGAGCGCAAGAGACUCGAGAUGGAGAAGUUGGAGACCGAGAAGAUCAACAUGGAACAACAAAACCAGUUCCUACUUCAACGGUUAACACAGAUGGAGGUGGAGAACAACCGCUUGUCACAACAAGUGGCUCAAUUGUCCGCCGAAGUCCGUGGCUCUCGUAGCACCACCCCCAAGGCUGGCUCCCCAGUCCUUGAAUCCCCCACACUCACACCGACCUUGUUCAAGCAAGAAAGGGAAGAGCUCAACAUGGAGCGCAUUCCUUUCCCUACCCCUUCCACCGAAUACUCCCCCACCCUCAAGCCUUCCACUCUAGCUGAGGCCUCCGACGCGACACAACAUCCUGCAGAGGUGUUGUGUGACCUGCAGUGUCCGUCGCUGGCCUCGAAGGAGCUGGAAGUGCGCUCCCUCUCUUCGACCUCUCCAAUGUCGAACCUACAGCUGCAAAUGACGCUGCAGCUCCUCUUUCUGACGAUGACUUCCGUCGCCUAUUCCACGGUGACUCACCCUCUGAGUCAAAUCCUUCAUUCCCUGAAGACGGGUUUGCCUUUGGCGUUCUCGACGGAGGAGAUCUUUCAGCAUUUCCCUUUGAUUCUUUGGUUGAUUUCGACCCCGAGUCUGUCGCCCUCGAAGGUGUCGACCCGACCGGUCUUUCGGAUGAAACUUCUCACCAGACUACUGGCUUGCAGCCCAGCCUUGGCGCGUCCACUUCGCGAUGCGACGGGCAGAGCAUUGCAGCUAGCGGUUAGUGAGCAGUUUUCCCCGCAGAUCAGGUUGGCCGACGCCCCGGAGGGUCGACCGAGAUGGGAGUCGUUGUUGACCAUGGUCUGGGCAAUCGAUCGUCUCAACCAGUCAGAACAACCCCGGCGGGCUAUUAUGAAAUCCGGUCGGCGACGCAAUUACGGAAAGAGAAUCAAUCAACGGAGUUCACGAGGAGUUCUUGGAGUUCAAUCAUUAGCAAGACGUUGA